UGUUUUUGUUUACUAACAGUUCUCUUCCCUGUCAGAUCGGGCACACUGCACAGCACAGCCAUCCAGAGCAAUCAGGGGCGGACUGACAAAUCAUGGGGCCCCCGGGCAAUAGGGGAUCAUGGGGCCCCUGUGUCCUUGCCCAAACUCAAAAAAGCCUAUGAAAAAGGUACCAGAGGCAUCUCAUGGGGCCCCCUACUGACCCCAGGCCCUCGGGCAGUGCCAAAUGGUCAGUCCGCCCCUGGU